AUUAUGGGUCAAGCAGAAAGUGUGGAUCAGGAGGAAGUGGAACUUGCGCAAAUUCAAGAACUCUGUACAACAUUUAUGAAAGAAUGUCCCAGUGGAGCUUUACAUUUGCAUGAAUUCAAAAGGAUCUUCGGCGUCAGCAGCACAAGCGAGGAGGAAUCCCUGUACAUAGAGACCAUCUUCAACUCAUUCGACUCUAAUCAGGAUAAAACCAUAGAUUUUAUGGAGUAUGUCGCGGCACUGCAUCUCGUACUUCGGGGGAGGCUUGAAGACAGACUGAAGUGGUCCUUCAAAGUCUAUGACAGAGACGGUAACGGGCGCCUCGAUCGGCAAGAAGUGAAGCACAUCAUCAGGAUUAUUUACAAAAUCAAGAUCCAUAACACAGAUAUGAACAUGACACCCCACGAAGUGUGUGACCGAAUAUUUGAGCUGGUCGACCAAAACAAGGAUGGUCAGAUAUCACUGACAGAGUUUAUGGAGGGUGCACAGAAAGAUGAAUGGCUUAUGAAUCUUCUCAAAUUGGAUGUGAAUGCCGGUGGUUGGGUGGUGCAGAACUGGAACAAGAGCCCCUGA